AUGGAAGGAGAGAAGUUUUUUGAAAGUUUGGGAUUGGCACCAUGGUUAAUUAGAAGUUGUAAACAAUUAAAUUUUAAAAAUCCAUCGAAUAUUCAAUAUAAUACUAUCCCAGAGAUUAUUAAUGGUAGAGAUAUUAUUGCAAGUGCUAAAACUGGUAGCGGCAAAACAGCAUCUUUCGCCAUUCCAAUUUUAAAUUUGUUAUCAGAGGACCCUUAUGGUGUAUUUGCAGUAGUUUUAACACCAACUAGAGAAUUAGCAGUUCAAAUUGCAGAACAGUUUAGCGCAAUUGGUGCACCAAUGAAUGUACAAGUUUCAACUGUUAUUGGUGGCAUUGAUACUGUAAAGCAAGCACUUAUUUUAGAUAAAAGACCACAUAUUAUUGUUGCUACACCAGGUAGAUUGGCUUCACAUUUAACCAAUGGUUUGAAAAUAGCUUUAAAGUUUUGCAAGUUUUUAGUAUUGGAUGAAGCUGAUAGAUUAUUAGGUGAAGAUUUCGAAUUGGAAAUUGCUAGUAUUUUAGAAUAUUUACCACCACCAACUCAAAGACAAACCUUAUUAUUUUCAGCCACCAUGACAAAUAAUUUAAAGAAAUUAGAAAGUAUUUCAUUAAAUUCACCAUUUAUUUUUGAAGAUAAUUCUAAAUAUGAUACAGUCGAUACAUUAAAACAAGAAUAUAUAUAUAUGCCAGCACAAGCCAAAGAUUGCUAUUUGGUUUAUCUUUUAAAGAAACAUAUAGGUCAAUCAGUUAUAGUUUUCAUUAAUAAUUGUUAUUCUGUAGAAGCAGUAAAAGGAAUGUUAAAUAAAUUGGAUAUUCCAGCAGUUUCAUUACACUCUUUCCUUGACCAAAAGGCUAGAUUAUCUGCACUCAAAGUAUUCAAAUCUGGUAAGGUUAAAGUUUUAAUUGCAACUGAUGUUGCUAGUCGUGGUUUGGAUAUUCCAGAUGUCGAAAUGGUUAUCAAUUAUAAAUUAUCAAAUUCAUCAAAAGAUUACAUUCAUCGUGUUGGUAGAACUGCACGUUUCGGUAAAUCUGGAAGAGCCAUUUCUUUCAUUACCCCACAUGAUGUACAAUUAAUUAAAAAUAUAGAGCUUGUUAUUAAAAAAGAAUUGGAACUUUAUAAAACCGAUGAUGAUGAAGUUUUUAGACACUUAAAAGAAUCAUCAACCGCAAGAAAAAUUGUCGAAGUUCAUUUAGAUGAAAUUGAAUUCGGUGUUAAACAAAAAGAAAGAAGAGCAGAAAGAAACGAAUUACAAAAACAAAUUAAAGACGACCAAGAAUUAAACAACAAUAAUAAAAAUAAUGACAAAAAAGAAAAUGAAAAUAGUUCCAUUAAAAAUAACAAAAAGAAUACAAAGGAAAAAGUUAUUGAAAAAGAAAAGAAACCUGAAAGCUCAAAAGUUAAUGAAAAAAAUAAUAUUAAAAAAAGAAAAGAAGUCGAGAAUACAAAUAAUAGUAAUAACAAUAAUGAAGAUGAUGGUAUUAGUUUAUUUAAAAAGAAAAAAAAAUAA